UUCAGUGAAUGAUAGUGUCUAGAAAGGGUAUGUCCCUUCAGGAGAGAGGUGCCAAUGUCCAACCGGCCUAAUAACAAUCCAGGGGGGUCACUGCGACGUUCACAGAGGAACACUGCUGGGGCCCAGCCACAAGACGACGCAGCAGGAGGAAGGUCACAUUUAGGGCAGGCAAAACAUAAGGCACAUAGCCCUCCUGAGAGUAAAAAAUCUAUUUCAAAGACACCCAAAGUGCAGUCUAAUACUACUUCUGAGCAGUCCAGGGGACACUUUUCUAAAAGAGGCUGUAGUUCAUCUGCUGAUUUAACACCACAACAAGAAGAUCCAGAGAGAGUCAAUAAUUCAGAAAAGCAAAAAACGGGGCAAGUGCCUAAGAAAGACAAUUCUCGAGGAGUUAAACGCAGUGCUAGUCCAGAUUACGGGAGGACCAAUUCUCCUAGCUCUGCUAAAAAAUCCAAAGCACUUCAACACACUGAAGCUUCCUCGGAAACUAACAAGCCACAUACUAAAUCUAAGAGAUCAGAUCAAGAACAGCCGAAGUCUACACCAUUGCCAUCAACAAGUAAGGCUCACACCAGAAAGGGUGGAGCUGCUGGUACCUCCCGAGGUCAGAAAAGGAAAAGGACAGAGGAUCUGUCUUGUAUAGAGAGUGGUUGAGCAGUUGAAUCAACUGGCGCUGAAGAGAAGUCAGCAAAACUCUCCAAGCUGGCUUCAAAGUCUGUGACCUCAGCCAAAGCUGGGUGUAGCACCAUCACUGAUUCUUCUUCUUCAGCUUCCACAUCCUCCUCCUCUUCUGCUGCUGCCUCUGCUUCUUCUACUGUUUCUCAGGGUGCCAGAGUGAAACAAGGAAAGGACCAGAGUAAGUCUAGAAGUUCCCGCUCUGCAUCCAGCCCCAGUCCUAGAAGGAGUAGCAGGGACAAAGAACAGAAUAAAACAGGUGGUUCUUCAAAGUUUGAUUGGGCUGCUCGAUUCAGUCCAAAAGUCAGUCUCCCUAAAACAAAACUGUCUCUACCAGGCUCGUCCAAGACUGAGACAUCAAAACCUGGACCUUCAGGACUACAGGCUAAGCUAGCAAGUCUAAGAAAAUCUACUAAGAAGCGCAGUGAAUCACCACCUGCUGAGCUCCCCAGUUUGCGGCGGAGCACACGGCAAAAGACCACGGGCUCCUGUGCUAGCACCAGUCGGCGAGGCUCUGGCCUGGGCAAAAGAGGAGCAGCUGAUUCUCGCCGACAGGAGAAGAUGGCUGAUCCUGACAACAACCAGGAUGGAGUUAACUCGUCAGCUGCGCGUACAGAUGAGGCUCCCCAGGGAGCUGCAGCUUCUAGUUCUGUUGCUGGGGCUGUAGGUAUGACAACCUCUGGAGAAAGUGAGUCAGAUGAUUCUGAGAUGGGAAGACUACAAGCUCUAUUAGAGGCUAGGGGUCUUCCUCCUCACCUGUUUGGCCCUCUUGGUCCUCGGAUGUCGCAGCUCUUCCACAGGACAAUUGGAAGUGGAGCUAGUUCUAAAGCCCAACAGCUUUUACAAGGUCUGCAAGCCACUGAUGAAAGUCAGCAACUACAGUCAGUGAUUGAGAUGUGCCAGCUGUUGGUCAUGGGAAAUGAAGAAACAUUAGGAGGAUUUCCAGUCAAGAGUGUUGUACCAGCUUUGAUAACACUGCUGCAGAUGGAGCACAACUUUGACAUUAUGAACCAUGCAUGUCGGGCCUUAACAUACAUGAUGGAAGCACUUCCUAGAUCAUCUGCUGUAGUGGUAGAUGCAAUUCCUGUUUUCUUGGAAAAGCUGCAAGUUAUUCAGUGCAUUGAUGUGGCAGAGCAGGCGCUUACAGCCUUGGAGAUGUUAUCACGCAGACAUAGUAAAGCCAUUCUGCAGGCAGGUGGGUUGGCAGACUGUUUGCUGUAUCUGGAAUUCUUCAGUAUAAAUGCACAGAGGAAUGCACUAGCUAUUGCUGCCAACUGCUGCCAGAGUAUAACACCUGAUGAGUUUCACUUUGUGGCAGACUCCUUGCCACUGCUUACACAAAGGUUAACCCAUCAGGACAAAAAGUCUGUUGAAAGCACUUGUCUUUGUUUUGCACGGCUGGUGGAUAACUUCCAGCAUGAGGAGAACUUGCUCCAGCAGGUAGCUUCCAAGGACUUGUUAACAAAUAUCCAGCAACUCCUGGUAGUGACACCUCCUAUCCUGAGCUCAGGAAUGUUCAUCAUGGUGGUGCGCAUGUUUUCCUUGAUGUGCUCCAACUGUCCGACGCUUGCAGUCCAACUUAUGAAGCAAAAUAUUGCAGAAACUCUUCACUUUCUCCUUUGUGGAGCCUCAAAUGGGAGUUGUCAAGAACAAAUCGAACUUGUUCCACGAAGUCCUCAAGAACUUUAUGAGCUUACUUCUCUUAUCUGUGAACUGAUGCCUUGCCUGCCGAAAGAGGGGAUCUUUGCUGUUGAUACUAUGCUGAAGAAAGGAAACGCACAAAAUACAGAUGGUGCAAUAUGGCAGUGGCGAGAUGACAGGGGUCUCUGGCAUCCCUAUAACAGGAUUGAUAGUCGAAUAAUAGAGCAAAUAAAUGAGGAUACUGGAACAGCACGUGCCAUUCAGCGAAAACCAAACCCUUUAGCCAAUACAAACACUAGUGGACAUUCAGAUUUGAAGAAGGAUGAUGCUCGAGCACAACUAAUGAAAGAGGACCCAGAACUGGCAAAGUCCUUUAUCAAAACAUUGUUUGGUGUUCUUUAUGAAGUAUAUAGCUCUUCAGCUGGACCUGCUGUUAGACACAAGUGCCUUAGAGCAAUUCUUAGGAUAAUUUAUUUUGCUGAUGCUGAACUUCUGAAAGAUGUGCUGAAAAACCAUGCUGUUUCAAGUCAUAUUGCCUCCAUGUUGUCGAGUCAAGACCUUAAGAUAGUAGUUGGAGCCCUGCAGAUGGCAGAGAUAUUAAUGCAAAAGUUACCUGAUAUUUUUAGUGUUUACUUCAGAAGAGAAGGGGUGAUGCACCAAGUGAAAAACUUAGCGGAGUCUGAGGCAUUGCUAACAAGUCCACCAAAAGUAUGCACUAAUGGAUCAGGCACUCUGGGUACCACAACAACAAUAAGUACUGGAUCAGCCACUGCUGCCAGUAAUGCAGCUGCUGAUUUGGGCUCUCCCAGCUUACAACACAGCCGGGAGGAUUCUUUGGAUCUGAGCCCACAGGGACGACUGAGCGACGUUCUAAAGAGAAAGAGACUGCCAAAACGAGGGCCAAGGAGACCGAAAUAUUCUCCUCCAAGAGAUGAUGACAAAGUAGACAAUCAAGCUAAAAGCCCUACGACUACUCAAUCUCCUAAAUCUUCCUUCCUGGCAAGUUUAAAUCCUAAAACAUGGGGAAGAUUAAGCACACAGUCCAACAGUAACAAUAUUGAACCAGCACGAACAGCAGGAGUCAGUGGUCUUGCAAGGGCUGCUUCCAAGGAUACCAUUUCCAAUAACAGAGAAAAAAUUAAGGGCUGGAUUAAGGAGCAAGCCCAUAAAUUUGUAGAACAUUAUUUUAGUUCUGAAAACAUGGAUGGAAGCAAUCCUGCACUAAAUGUAUUACAGAGACUUUGCACUGCAACUGAACAACUCAACCUCCAGGUGGAUGGUGGAACAGAGUGCCUUGUAGAAAUCCGUAGCAUUGUCUCGGAAUCUGACGUCUCCUCAUUUGAAAUCCAGCAUAGUGGGUUUGUUAAACAACUGCUGCUUUAUUUGACAUCUAAAAGUGAGAAAGAUGCUGUAAGCAGGGACAUCAGAUUGAAAAGAUUUCUUCAUGUAUUUUUUUCUUCUCCACUUCCUGGAGAAGAACCCCUUGGAAGAUUAGAGCCAUUAGAAAAUGCACCUUUGUUGGCAUUAGUCCAUAAAAUGAACAAUUGCCUCAGUCAAAUGGAACAGUUUCCUGUCAAAGUGCAUGACUUCCCUAGUGGAAAUGGAACAGGGAGCAGUUUUUCUCUUAACAGAGGAUCCCAAGCUUUAAAAUUCUUCAAUACACAUCAAUUAAAAUGCCAACUGCAAAGACAUCCAGACUGUGCUAAUGUGAAACAGUGGAAAGGUGGACCUGUGAAGAUCGAUCCUCUGGCUUUGGUGCAAGCCAUUGAAAGAUACCUUGUAGUUAGAGGCUAUGGAAGAGUUAGAGAAGAUGAUGAGGAUAGCGAUGAUGAUGGGUCAGAUGAAGAAAUAGAUGAAUCUUUGGCUGCUCAAUUCUUAAAUUCGGGGAAUGUGAGACAUAGACUGCAGUUUUACAUUGGAGAUCACUUGCUGCCAUACAACAUGACUGUGUAUCAAGCAGUUAGGCAGUACAGCCUGCAAGCUGAGGAGGAGAGGGAGUCUACAGAUGAUGAAAGCAACCCAUUAGGAAGAGCUGGGAUUUGGACAAAAACGCAUACCAUUUGGUACAAACCUGUGCGAGAGGAUGAAGAUGGUAAUAAGGACUGUGUUGGUGGUAAAAGAGGAAGAGCACAAACUGCUCCCACAAAAACCUCCCCGAGAAAUUCUAAAAAGCAUGAUGAGUUGUGGCAUGAUGGUGUAUGCCCUUCGGUAUUAAAUCCUCUAGAAGUUUACCUCAUAUCUACUCCACCUGAAAACAUAACAUUUGAAGAUCCCUCAUUAGAUGUUAUUCUGCUUUUGAGAGUGUUACAUGCUGUCAGUCGAUACUGGUAUUACUUGUAUGACAAUGCAAUCUGCAAGGAGAUAAUUCCAACCUCGGAAUUUAUCAACAGUAAACUGACAGCAAAAGCAAACAGGCAGCUUCAGGAUCCUUUAGUAAUUAUGACAGGAAACAUACCAACUUGGCUGACAGAACUUGGAAAAACAUGCCCAUUUUUCUUUCCAUUUGAUACUCGUCAAAUGCUGUUUUAUGUAACUGCCUUUGAUCGUGAUCGAGCCAUGCAAAGACUACUGGAUACUAAUCCAGAAAUCAACCAGUCAGAUUCUCAGGAUAGCAGAGUGGCACCGCGACUGGACAGGAAAAAACGCACUGUGAACAGAGAUGAGCUGCUGAAACAGGCAGAAUCUGUGAUGCAGGAUCUAGGCAGUUCAAGAGCCAUGUUGGAAAUCCAGUAUGAGAAUGAAGUUGGCACAGGCCUAGGGCCCACGCUAGAGUUCUAUGCACUUGUAUCUCAGGAACUACAGAGAGCAGACUUAGGCCUUUGGAGGGGAGAAGAAGUGACUUUAGCCAAUCCAAAAGGAAGCCAGGAAGGUACCAAGUACAUCCAUAACCUUCAAGGCCUUUUUGCACUUCCCUUUGGUAGAACAGCCAAGCCAGCUCACAUUGCAAAAGUUAAAAUGAAGUUCCGCUUUCUGGGAAAACUAAUGGCCAAGGCAAUCAUGGAUUUUAGACUGGUGGAUCUUCCUCUCGGACUUCCUUUUUAUAAAUGGAUGUUGCGACAGGAAACUUCGUUGACGUUGCAUGACUUAUUCAGUAUUGAUCCAGUAGUAGCCAAAUCAAUAUAUCACCUUGAAGAUCUUGUAAGACAAAAGAAAAGACUUGAACAGGACAAAACACAGACCAAAGAAAGUCUACAGUAUGCAUUGGAGGCUCUGACUAUGAAUGGCUGCUCAGUGGAAGAUCUGGGGCUGGACUUCACACUUCCUGGGUUUCCUAAUAUAGAACUGAAAAAAGGGGGAAAAGAUACACCAGUCACCAUCCACAACUUAGAGGAGUAUCUCAGAUUGGUGAUAUUCUGGGCACUAAAUGAAGGUGUUGCCAGACAGUUUGACUCGUUCCGAGAUGGAUUUGAAUCAGUCUUCCCCCUCAGUCAUCUUCAGUACUUCUAUCCCGAGGAGUUGGAGCAGCUUUUGUGCGGCAGUAAGACGGACACUUGGGAUGCCAAGACCUUAAUGGAAUGUUGCAGGCCAGAUCACGGUUACACACAUGACAGCCGAGCAGUGAAGUAUCUCUUUGAAAUUCUCAGUAGCUUUGAUAGUGAGCAGCAAAGACUGUUCCUUCAGUUUGUGACAGGAAGCCCCAGACUGCCUGUAGGAGGCUUUCGAAGUUUGAAUCCUCCACUGACAAUUGUACGCAAGACUUUUGAGUCUACAGAGAAUCCAGAUGAUUUCUUGCCCUCAGUAAUGACGUGUGUGAACUAUCUCAAAUUACCGGACUAUUCAACUAUUGAGAUAAUGCGUGAAAAACUCUUGAUAGCUGCAAGAGAAGGGCAGCAGUCAUUCCAUCUUUCCUGAUCACAAUGAAAAAUGCAAUGUCUGCCUGUUACAGCAAAAGAGAAACUCAUGAUUUUUUUCUAAAUAAGUCAUCUGAGUCAAGGAAACGUGUUACGCCGCCUUGUUGUAGAAAAACGGCUUGCAGAUUAUAAACAAAGACACUUGGUUGAUAUUCAUUAAAGGCCCCUAUGGACUGAAAGUGAUCAGGCCCUAAAAGUUGUUGUGACAAGGUUUCUUUAGCAAGUUCUUGUUUAAAUUAUCAUUUAUUUGAUGAGUGAAGUUUUUAACUUGCUUUGCUGUGUGAAAUUUAAAAAGGGAUGUUUUUCCAGGCUGGAACAAUAAAUGUCGCUGUGCAGUUUAA